UUGCUUCAGCUUCUUGGAAAACUUCAGCGCUUACCUGUUACUAUCUCAAUACUUCAGGAGACAAGUAUUGGAAAGGUGGUGAACAAGUAUCGCAAACAGGAAGGUCUGGUUGGUGUGAAGGCAAAGAAAGUGGUAGACACAUGGAAGUCUCUGGUUGAAAAAGAGGUUCAUCUUACAGAGAGUAAAAAUAGCAGGAAGUCUUCUCCAGAGCCUCAGCCAGGAAGGAGUGACAAAAGUGGGUCAAGUAAACAUCGAUCUCACCGAGACGAGAAGAGCCAUCAUCGCAAUGGUUACAAGCAUCACCGCUCAGAACGCAGCGACUACUCAAACGUCAAAGUAAAACAGGAGAAGACAGAAGAAGUUGUAGCAGCUUCAAAAUCGGCUCGACGAGAUGAUAGUAGUCAGGACGAAGGGGCUGAGCACAGUGAGAAAGGCAGCAGGACUGAGGUCCAGGGUAAUGCUACCUCAGAGGAAGACGAGGACACAAGGAAUCGGUCGAGGCGUCCGAGUGUGUCGGAGAACGAGGAAUAUGAACCGACCAGAGUCGGCGGCAGGUACGACGAUGCUUCUCACACCAGAGACUCAGAUAACGAGUUGGCGUACAAGCCGAGCAAGAUCAACAAAUACGAACAGUCGGAAAGUGAAGAGGCGGAGGAUGAGCCCUAUGACCCAGGAAGUGGAGCCCAGCUGGUGGCCUAUGUUCCUCAAAAGGUCAAAGAGGAAAAGUUGUCUGAUGAAAAUGAUUCUGAGAACCGCUAUGUUCCCAGUAAAAAAUCUUUGAAGGGACAAGAUCGUGAGGAGGAAGUGCCAUAUGUACCUAGUAAGAGAAGUAAAGAUAUUAAGAAGGAAAAGGAUGAAGAAGAGUAUGUUCCAAGUAAAGUACGUCGCGUUGAAGCAAAGGAAGACAAGAACAAAACAGUGACCGAUAAAAGCACUUCUUCGAGUAAGAAAGCCAAAGAAGCGGGCCGUCAUGGCUCAGCCCACGAUAAUGACGAGGACUUAACGGAUAGCGACGAAGCAUACUGUGAAGGGGAGGACUCUCACGGUGCGUCAAAGAUUGAAGACUACUACAAGGCCAUGCUGGCUCAAGCCGCCGGUGAUGCGGGACUCACUGUUGUGAAGGAGGAGAGGGAGGAGAAGGGAAAGGUGAGGUCAUCGUCAUCAUCUCAUGGCGCGGAGAGAAAGAAAGGAGAAAAAGAAAGGGGAGGAGGGAAAGAUGCCAAAUCCUCGAAAAGAGAAAGGGAUGGUGAGCCGAAGGGAAAGGAUAGUAGCUCAAAACAUUCCAGAAGUAGAGAUGAACACAAAGAUUCGACAAGAAGCAGUAGGGAGAAAAUAGAGACAGGGGAGUCAAAGCAUCGGAGUGACAGAGGAGAGAAAAAAGGGGUGGACAGAAAAAGGAAAAAGCACAGCAUUAGUGAUAGUGAGGAUGAAGAUAAAGAGAAAGAGAUUAUUGGGCGUUCUACAGACAAGCAUAAAGUGUCAGUUUCCUCUAGUUCUUCUUCUGCUAAACACCACAAAUCGUCCUCUUCAUCAUCAUCAUCGUCAUCCCGUCAUCACAAGCACCCUUCCUCCUCUUCAUCUUCUGGUAAACAUUCGUCCUCUAGAUCUUCUGCAAUCCCACCACCAUCUUCAUCACAGUCAUCUAAGUCAAAACAACAAUUUUCAUCAGAUGAAGCUCAGUCUCAUCAAAACUCCUCCCACUUUCGCCCAGUCAAAGUAAAGGAAGAGAAGUUUGAGAGAGAAGAGCAAGUAGAUAGGAUGCAUGGUCAAAAUGCCUGUGAUUAUGUCCCUUCAGAGGCAAAGAUUAAGUCUGAGCCUCAAAGUCCUCAUUAUCGCAGCGCAGAAGAUAACGAAGUGGAUUCUACAAAUGAAAGGAAGCUAUCAGACUCGGAGGAUGAGGUGGAGCCUUAUUCACCGACUAAUUUCCAGAUCAAGCGAGAGGAGUCCAACGAGGAAGAGGAUGGUAACUCUCAGGGAGAGGAAGGUCAUGAGUACAGUUCAUAUCUCAAGGACAAGUACAGGCCCUCGUCGCCUGGGUCAUCGGCCCAUGUCAGUGAACGGUCUCGAUCAUCCAGUUCUGAAAGUUCUGAUGAAAGUGAAAGUCGCCAGCAUUCUUCUUCAUCUUCUCAUAAAAAGCACACGAAAGAUUCCACCUCCUCCCCAGCGCUUUCUCAUUCAAAAUCCCAGAAGAGUGGUGUCUCAUCUUCAAACUGUGUGAGUGUCUCAAAGUCCAGGUCUCACCACUCAGAGCCAAAGUCCUCUGGGUCUUCGUAUGAAAAGAGCUCUGUUCCUCACAAAAGUCAUACAUCAUCUUCUUCCUCAGGGGACAAAACCCACCGUUCGAGUUCGUCCUCUCGUUCAAAAGAUAAAGAACAAUAUGUCUCAGGGUCAUCUAAAACUCGGCAUGACGGGGUAGACAAAUUGAGCCGGUCGGAGAAUGCUGACGGCAGAGAGCGCCAUAAAUUGUCAGCGUCUUCAAGCUCGAGGCAAAGAGACGACGGUAGCUCCUCUCACCACAGGCAUCACAAAUCGUCUGUCUCGUCCACCACAGUCACUAAGGAACAAGGUGAUCCUGGCCUGUCCACUGGGGAAAGCAGACGCAAUCAUCACAAAUCUUCAUCAGCGUCAUCGAAUCACAAAAAUCAUUCUCAGUCUAAGUCAUCUUCAUCAUCCUCUUCAAAAGACAAACAGCAUAGUAAGACUAGUAGUUCUGGUGAAAAGCAUAAAGAACACAAACAGUCUCCUUCACCUCUUGUGAAAGGGACAGAGCAUUCCAAAUAUAGCUCUACUGGUACAGAUAUUAAACACAGUUCUCGUGCGAAGGAAAGCGUUCAUCACAAAUCAGAUUCUUCAAAUUCAAAGGAAACAAAAAGAGACUCGUCAAAGUCUAAUGUAAGUGCGAGCCAUAAAUCUUCCUCCUCUUCAUCGUCUCACUCAUCAUCCAAUCGCAAAAAACGCAAACUGGCAGAAUCUGGAACUACUGUUGAUUUUGAGCAAGAUUUUUUCUCCGAUGCUGUUCUCAUCAAACCGGAACCGAAAUCUCCCAUUCGCAAAGCAGCGCCUAGAUCAACGUCUGUCUCUCCGACUCCCCCUCCGAGUGGUGAGAAUUUUGCAACUGAGACUUCUGCUGGGAGAAUGUCAAAUUCUCACAGCAGCAAGAAGUCGAAAACAUCGGAAGCCGUUCAGCACAACAAGGAUCAUCGUAGCAAAGAUCACUCUAGAAAACAUAACAAAGUCAAAAUAUCCACGGAUAGACAUAUGGAGGUGGAUUUAGACGAGGUGCCCGCCGAUGUUCCUGAGGAUCCCGCUUCUCCUGAAGAGACUGAUGCCGGGAUGUCUUUCGAGGACUUUUUAAACUUUGAUGAAGUGAAGUUUGUGAAGAAAGGGAAGAGUUCGUCUAAAAGCUCACAGAAGUCGCCCCGGCAGAAACUGACACCUAAUAGCAGCAGCAGCGGUCUGAAGACGGGGAAGUCGGAGAGGGCUGAGGUCAGGGCGGAUAGGGGAGGAUCCUCUUCAUUAUCAUCCGCUUCACUGUCUGUUCCGAAACCAUCGAAUGUGGUCUCUUCAAUGGACAUUCUUGGCGCACUGCCGGAGCCGCGUGCAGACUACAAGCCUUUGAGGUUCAACCCUUACUUCCGAGAUGAACCGGAGCACGAAAUGUCAGCUCCUCUUGUGGAUCCAGAUGAGAUCGGCACAAAGAUCCAGGUCAGGACCCAGGUGUAUUCCGGGAGGAAGCACGGUGUCACAGAGGUCAAGUCACUCUAUGACUUGUGCAUGCAGGUCUUGAUUGAGAACAUUGAUGCCAUCGACUAUGUGGGAGGAAUUCCUUACAGUAUCCUGAAGCCUGUCCUGGAACGCUCCACAGCUCAGCAGCUGUAUCAGCUGGAAGAUUUUAACCCGCACUUCCUCGAGGACUCUGAUGAGCUGUGGGAGAGUUUGUGCCACAGAGAGUUUCGCGGCAGUCGUCCAGAUGAAAUGGAGAGCUGGCGGGAACUCUACUUGAGAAGGCAUGAAGAGAGACAAGAAAAGUACCAGAAACUCAAGGCCAGCAUGUCAGCCUCUAUCGUGAAGGGACAAGCAGGUCGCAAAGCCAAGUUGGCAUUUGUGGAUUCCGUGGCUAAACCGCCCAGGGAAGUGUUGCGUCAACAGAAACGCUUCGGGACGAGCUGCAUUAUCAGAACCAAAGGAAACCCCAACGUCAAGGGUUCGAGCUCUGGCCUCAAACAGUACCGGCCCAGCACUCUAGUCCCUGCUCACAACCCGAUGGACGACCGUGCGAGAAUGAUGAAGGCGACUCCUCCCAUGAUGGCCAAAGCUUUACAGAUGAGGAAGAACAUGAGACGAUGAUUUGUCGUAAUUGUGUGAACUGUCCCACCUACUCAUCCAUCCACGGUGCUCUCUAUUGUACAGAUCUUUGAUGUGAAGCAGACAGAUUUGCCCUGUUGUGCAGGGUGGAAGCAGUCGCCUCUUACACUAUUUAAAUUAUGUGGAUUGGGGAGGGGGGGGGGGGUUAAAAAAAAAAAAACAACUGUUUUCAGUCAUUGUACAUAUCUCUGGAGAAAAACGGCAAGUUUAUCCCGUUUUAAAACUAUAAAUUGUGUGGAUGGGGGUGUACAACGUUUGCUGUGAGAUCAGGGAGAUGAUAUGGCUGGUGAUUUACUGCUCGGGAUUAUGAGAUGUGCA